AAAAAUCUAUUGUGCAUUUAGAGACCUUGCAAUUGUCUGGUCCAUCUUUGUAAGGAAGUUCGAUUGAAUUCUGAAAAUCCUAAUUUCAAACCCCAUGGUAAAAUUCAAAUUCCUUGAUGAAAUAAAAUAAAAGAACAACAUAUAUGUAACACUUCAAAGUAGAGCGGGACGGUUGGCCAGAUCUGACUCCCCACUGCUGUGUCGUGUCUUCCUAGUCAACUGUAUGGUAAAGGCUGGUAUGGUUCUUCAAUUCGACUUUCCAUUCAUAAGACUAAACAAAAAUCAUUCAGAAAUUCCAAACCAAAAAUAGAACCAUUCAGCUGGAUAUAUGGAUUCUAAAUAAACACGCACAUCCUCAACUUUCUGAGCAAAGUACAAAAUCAAUGAAAUGUAUUGCUAAUAUUUGUAGAGUCAAUUUUCUCAUAAAAUUACAGAAUAAGAAACCAAAAUAAUAUUCUCUAACAAUGUACGAUCAUACUAAUUAAUCACGAAUAGAAGCUGAGAAAAUAGUCAUUAGCUUAAAAACAAAGAUUUUCAAAAACCAUAAUGGUAAAUCAAAAAUUUCUUUGAUUCGAUUAUUACGUAACAAAUCGGAUUAAGCAAUUGUAACUCAUUAAGUGGCAAUAGAUAAACGUGGAUCAAUUUCAUGCUUAUGCCACUUUAAUACGCAACGGCCAAACCAAUUUCAAGCAUAGUUCUUGCACUUCACCCCAGUUUAAAAUCAAUUACUAAAAAAUUCAUAAAAAGGUGACUUUAGAAUGGAAUAAAAGACAAAGCAACUAAGUAAAAGAGAAAUAAGAAUGACGGAGAUUCAUGAAAUAAGCAAAUGUAAAUAAAUUCGGAUUUAGAAAGAGAAGAAUAAGUGAAGAGGAAUGACUGAAUUGGAGAAUAGUAGGAAGAAAACAGGAAUAGAACAUCCUAGAAUCUCUUUAAUUGAUUGAUGAGGCAAGAAUGGGAAGAAGCAGGGGAGAUUUUUACACAUUCUUCACUAAAUCAAAUUAUAGGUUAGCUGAAAAUACCAAUUAUGCCCUUGAUCGACCAUCAUGCCUUUUUCUAUAUAAUAGAAAUAUUAGUGACGUUAGGAAAAAAAAAUUGAAGAAAUAGUUGCAAAGUUAAUUUUAAAAAGAAUCAUAUCAAAGCUCAAAGUUGAAUUAGUUGAAACGAAUUGGGUUAGAAGAAAAAGAACUUCGUCCAUUUUCCUUACGUUUUCCACUUUUGUAACAGUUCCAAAGGAAAAUUGAGCUUACAAGUCAGUUGCCAAGGGCUUCGAGAUGGUUCGCGUACACGUGAAGUACGGCGUCGGCGAGUUUCUCUACGACACAGAAACGACUUCAACUGUUGAUGAAAUCGCCAAAGACAUUACAGAAAUCGCGAAUCUCCAAUCGAAGAUUCAAUAUCUCGCCCUCAAAUUCGAGCCUUAUCUCUCCAAGCUUCAAGGCGAUCCUAAAGUGAUGCGUCUUAUUAGAGCUUUCUCCGAAGCUACUUCGUACGCCUCCAAGGACCAGGUUAUGCAUAACAAGCCUCUAUCAGUGUAUGUACUAAGAGACCACACAAGAAGCAUUGAGAAGGAAUUCUUGGUAACAUACUCGGUAAUGGGAUUAUCAAGUUCCGAUUUACAGCAGUUCUUGUCAGACUUGCAGCUCCUUGAAGAAAAUACAUUGCAACUUUUGUGGGCAGGGAAAGAGCUCACCAGAGGGAAAAAGUUGUGCGACUUUAUAGGAAGAAAUGAGAAGACAAAGAUUUUAAUCAAGCUGCAGCCACAUGUUCCACCUCCUGCAUCACUUUCUGGUGGAGAAAAUUCUUGAAAUAAAAUGUCCUCUGGUGUGAAUGACUUUCAAAUUGGGGAACACACUACUAUUGAAUGCCUAUCUUGUUUAUUGGUGUGCUUUCCUUCCUUCUGAGCUGCAAAGGUUUGCGACUUACCGAGACAUUUAACUGCCUGCUGGUUGACAGCAUAUUGAUGUUGUAAAGACUGCACGCUUAAAUUAUUUAUGUUCUCCUUGCAUCUCAACUAUGAUGACUAUCCUGAAUGUUCUAGUGCUUAAUGCUACAAGUCAAACUCGGUGAAUCUUGUCAUCAGAUUCAUAUAAUUUGUAAGCUAUUGUAAAUAAAAAAUGUUUUUUUGGAUUUUUGUCUUCCAAAAGGUGUCGUAUUUUGGCUAGUUA